AUGGAUCAGAACGGCUAUAACUCCUCGGUGCUGCAGCGGCCACCACAGAGAGAAGAUGGUGGAGAUGAUGACCGAGACUCCCGUCCGCAUCACCAUCAUCAUCACCACCAUCAUCACCAUCACCACAACAAUAGGCGUGAAGGUGACUCAGCUGGACCUGGGCCUAUAGUGGGAGAACCGGCGACAGCCUCAUCGAAUGCAGGCGGCGCGAAUGUGCAUCAGCACUCCACCUUUAGUCUGCGCUCACCCAAGUCAGAAUACCGUCCUCCUCCCUUUACAUCUCCCAACGGCCAUAGCCAUAGUCAUAGCCACAGCCAUCAAAACACUCCAAGUGCCGGCCAUUCCCUUCACUCCCCGCCUCGUCCAGCAUUGCCCAAUCCCUACAUGUCAUCGUCCACGGGCGCACCCGGCGGCCCCGUCGCUCCAUCACUUCCACCUCCUGUAGGCCUCAACUCAUCAUCACCCGGAUCGUCAGCAGCAGGACUUCAUCAGCAGCAGCAUCAUCGCCAACCUCCAGCACAACCGCCUGCUGGUCCUCCGCCCGUGUCGCCGCUGCACCCUCCUGUUGCAUACUACCCUCCCGGGUCGAACCACGACAUUUAUAUACCGCGUGAAACCAAACCUGCAUCGCGAGGUUUUUACGACCCUACAACUGAUACAACAAAGGAACGUCGAGUUUCUGACGCGGCGACGCCUGGAGCCUCCUGGCACAACGCCAACGCCAACGCCAACGCGCCCCCGGUUGGCACUCCAAAGGCUCGCGACCCGUACCCUUAUUCGCAAUCUGCCGAACAAAGUACUCCUUCUUAUUACAACGGCUCUUACACAUCUCCACGAGGUCCAUCAUAUAGUCGACCGCGAAGUCCAGCAUCGCAUUCGCAUCAGAAUCCUCCAGCUGGUUCUCUCAGCCCUCCGGGGCGACAAUCUCUACUAGCUUCUCCAAGUGCGAGACAUGGUGCUACGGCCAACAUGACUUCUACUAACGGGGCUUCUGCCCUUACACCUUACAAGUCUGAUCUUGCAGCUCCAUCACCACCAAAGCCGGCACCGGCAAGCACAUCAAGGGCAAACCCGAUGUCUUUUGACAGCAUCCUCUCCAGCUCUGAGCCCGCUCGAAAACCCAAAGAACAAUCGCCUUUAAUUUCACGAGAAGCCGAACUCGAUAUCAAGCAAGAGCGAGAUCCCAGACGUGAUCGAGAACCGAAGCGCGACUCGCGGGAACCAAAACAGACAAAACGCUCCCUAGAGCCCGAAGUGGAUCACGACACAGAGGUUGAAAAAGAUGUCGAGACUGAGCCUGAACCUUUCCCUGGUAGAGACAAAGAAAGAGAGCCUCCUGCCAAGAAGCGAGGAGGUCGAAAGUCGACAAAGGGCCGUGCUUCUGAUAUUCGAGAUGCCGCUACGCCUAAAAAUGGCCGCAGACUAUCGAUUAAGAAGGAAUCACCAACACCUCGACUUCCCGCUAAGCGACAAGCAAAUGGCCUCCCUAAGCCAAAAACUUGGUCAGCAGAGAUGGAGAAGAAGAUUCAGAACGCCGAGACACAGAUUGACAACAGGGCUUCAAACAUGGAACCGGAUGAAUUUGAUCAGCAGCAAUACAAAGAGCGAGCUCAGAAGCGACGACGCGUAAUGGAUCAACUCGACCUGGAACAUGGUCUCUCCCGGCGCGCCGCCUUUGCGACUUCAACCGGCAAGAAGCUCGUACUCCAUGCAGAGCUUGGUAAACGACGCUACGACGACGUGUUUUAUGACGAAGCACUCCAUGAGGUCCGCGAACAAGAAGUCUACGCCGAAAAGGAGCGUAAGAAGGAUAUGCAGCGCAAGCGACGACGUGAGAAGUCAAUGGCUGUUACCAUGGAGCAGAAAGAAGCAGCCCUGGCUCGCGCCGAGGCUGCUGAAGACGAAACCGAACGGCAGAAACAUCUUCGAGAUGCUGAACGCGCUAGUAAGAAGGCACAGCAGACGAAACUCAUUCUCCAAAAGGGUAUCAAGGGUCCUGCCCGUAAUUUGGAGCUUAACCUGGAGGGUGGCACCAUGUCUUCAUUCCAGGCUUCUGAUGUGGAAUCUGGGGAAGCCGGCACACCAUCUGGCAAGCGAAAGGGCAAGGGCCGUAGCGGACCUCGCCUCAAAAAGUCGAAGGAGCAAAAGCAAGCCGAAAAGGAUUCUGCUGAAGCCGCUCAAGCUGCUCUUGAUGCCGGAGAGGAGCUACCAACCAAAGAAGAGAACCGGGUUCGGAUCAAGAUCAAGAAAACCAAGAAAGAUCCUUCUGCUGAGAAUGAGAAAGACAAGGACGACGGCGAUAAGACCGAAGACGAGCCUGUCGAGAAGAAAAGCAAGAAGAGCAAAGACAAAGACAAAGACAAGGAGAAGGUCGACGACAUCCCCGACAACGAGAAACGGUUCAUGUCCAAGGGUUACAACCAGAUUUACGACCAGAUUUGGCGAGACAUGGCUCGCAAAGAUGUCAACAAGACCUUCAAGCUUGCUGUGGAUUCUUAUGCCACAAAAGCCUCAAAUCUUAAAAAGACAGCCAUCUUGGCAUCGAAGGAAGCAAAGCGCUGGCAAUUACGGACAAAUAAGGGCACCAAAGAUCUCCAAGCUCGUGCAAAGCGUGUUAUGCGUGACAUGAUGGGCUUUUGGAAGCGUAACGAGCGAGAAGAACGAGAUCUCCGCAAGGCUGCUGAGAAGCAGGAGAUCGAGAAUGCCCGAAAAGAAGAAGCCGACCGUGAAGCUGCCCGUCAAAAGAGAAAGCUUAACUUCCUUAUCUCGCAGACUGAGCUGUACUCUCACUUCAUCGGCAAGAAGAUUAAGACUGAUGAGGUAGAACGAAGUACCGACAACCCGGAUGUCGCCAAGGACGCCCACCAGAUUGACCAGCAGAAACUCGAUAUCGACGAGCCGACAGGACCAGUCACUGGCAAGGUUACCAACUUUGAGAACCUUGACUUCGAGGAGGGCAGCGAAGAGGCUCUCCGUGCUGCUGCUAUGGCCAACGCUCAGAAUGCCAUCGCCGAGGCCCAGAAGAAGGCCCGUGACUUCAACAACCAGGGUCUUGACAUGGAUGAAGAGGGCGAGAUGAACUUCCAGAACCCCACAGGCCUGGGCGACGUCGAGAUCGAACAACCGAAGCUUAUCAAUGCCCAACUCAAGGAAUACCAGCUCAAGGGCCUCAACUGGCUUGUCAAUUUAUACGAGCAGGGUAUCAACGGUAUUUUGGCAGAUGAAAUGGGUCUCGGAAAGACUGUACAGUCCAUCUCCGUCAUGGCUUACCUUGCUGAGAAGCACGAUAUUUGGGGCCCCUUCCUUGUUGUCGCUCCUGCUUCUACUCUACACAACUGGCAGCAGGAAAUCGCCAAGUUCGUCCCCGAAUUCAAGAUUCUCCCCUACUGGGGUGGCGCCAACGAUCGAAAAGUUCUCCGAAAGUUCUGGGAUCGUAAGCAUACGACAUACCGAAAAGACGCUCCUUUCCACGUUUGUGUUACUUCGUAUCAGCUGGUUGUCUCUGAUGUGGCCUACUUCCAGAAGAUGAGAUGGCAAUACAUGAUUCUUGAUGAAGCCCAAGCCAUCAAGAGUUCUCAAAGUUCUCGAUGGAAGGCAUUGCUCAACUUCCACUGCCGAAACCGCUUGCUUCUCACUGGUACACCCAUCCAGAACAACAUGCAAGAACUUUGGGCUCUUCUGCAUUUCAUCAUGCCGUCACUCUUCGACUCACACGACGAGUUCAGCGAAUGGUUCUCAAAGGAUAUUGAGUCUCACGCACAGAGUAAUACAAAGCUCAAUGAGGACCAGCUCAAGCGUCUGCACAUGAUUCUCAAGCCUUUCAUGCUUCGUCGUGUCAAGAAGCAUGUGCAGAAGGAGCUCGGUGACAAGAUUGAGAUGGACAUCUUCUGUGAUCUCACUUACAGACAACGCGCGUAUUACAGUAAUCUUCGAAACCAGAUUAACAUUAUGGAUCUCGUCGAAAAGGCUACCAUGGGUGACGACCAGGAUUCGGGUACACUGAUGAACUUGGUCAUGCAGUUCCGAAAGGUCUGUAACCAUCCUGAUCUCUUUGAGCGCGCCGAGGUCAAUUCGCCAUUUGCUUGCGCCUACUUUGCUGAGACCGCAUCGUUUGUCCGUGAGGGUAGCGAAGUUGCCGUGGGUUACUCAAGUCGCAACUUGAUCGAAUACGAGCUCCCUCGCCUCAUCUGGAGAAAGGGAGGCCGAAUCAACAAGGCAGGCCCGGAUAGUCAAGUUGCAGGCUGGAAGAACCAGGCAUUGAAUCACAUGAUGAAUGUCUGGAGCCCAGACAACAUCCGCGAGAGCUGUGAUGGAUCAAAGGCAUUCUCGUGGCUUAGGUUUGCUGACACUUCUCCCUACGAGGCUUAUGAGGCCACGCACCAAAGCUUGAUUGUCCGAGCUGCCAAAGAGCUUCAGAAACGCGACAGACUUGGAUACAUGAAUGUGGCCUACACUGAUACUGAGGAUAAGAACUACACUCCCGCCCAUGCCCUUUUCCAGAUUCAGGCGCGACAGAACCGAAAGCCUCUAGCCGACAUUACCAGCGAAGGUGUCUUGACCCAAUUGAUGAAUGUCGCUCAAUCAGACUACAACGAGUCUGGUCUUGGCCGUCUGGAACCUGCUGGUAGACCUCGCGCUUCAGCACCUCCAAUCCAGGUGUCUUGCCGCAGUUGGGGCUCUGAGGCCGAACGUAGCGAAGCCUUGUUUAACGCACCAAUCCGCAAGAUUCUCUAUGGCCCUACCUUUUUUGAGGAGAAGGCUCUCGUGGAGAAGAAGCUUCCCAUGGAGUUAUGGCCCACUCGCGAGAUGCUGCCUAAGCCUGAUCAUGAGAAGAAGGGCUUCACCAACAUCUCUGUUCCUUCUAUGCGGCGCUUCGUUACUGACAGUGGCAAGCUGGCUAAGCUUGAUGAAUUGCUGUUUAAGCUCAAGAGCGAGGGCCAUCGUGUACUUCUCUACUUCCAGAUGACUCGCAUGAUCGAUAUGAUGGAAGAGUACUUGACUUACCGCAACUACAAGUACUGUCGACUUGAUGGUUCUACCAAGCUGGAGGAUCGACGAGACACCGUGCACGACUUUCAGACUCGUCCCGAGAUUUUCAUCUUCCUUCUGUCUACUCGUGCUGGUGGUCUUGGUAUCAACCUUACAUCCGCCGAUACUGUCAUCUUCUACGACUCCGAUUGGAACCCCACCAUCGAUUCGCAAGCCAUGGAUCGAGCACAUCGUCUGGGUCAGACCAAGCAGGUCACAGUCUAUCGUCUCAUCACGCGCGGCACAAUCGAAGAGCGCAUCCGUAAGAGAGCGAUGCAGAAGGAAGAGGUUCAACGUGUCGUCAUCCAAGGUGGCGGUGCAAGCGUUGAUUUCUCAGGCCGUCGUGCUCCCGAGAACCGCAACCGUGAUAUUGCUAUGUGGCUUGCCGAUGAUGAGCAAGCUGAGAUGAUCGAGCGCCGUGAAAAAGAGCUCCUCGAGUCAGGCGAGCUUGAGAAGCAGCAAAAGAAGAAGGGCGGCAAGCGACGUAAGGCCGAGAACACGGCCAGUCUGGAUGAGAUGUAUCAUGAAGGCGAGGGCAACUUUGAUGAUGGUUCCAAAGGCGUAUCUGGUACAGCAACACCAGCUACCGCAGCCACACCUGGUGACAGUGAUAGCAAAGGCAAGAAGGGUAGAAAGGGGACAAAGCGAGCCAAGACGGCGAAGCAAAGAUUAGCGAUUGCUGAUGGUAUGAUGGAGUAA